GGGCUUGGCAUGAUCUUUUGCGGCAUCUUAGACGCCGCCACUUCUGCGUCGGUACUGAGCCGGCACUGAGUAAAUGAGUCGUGUAUCUCGUCGGAUGCAUACCCUGAGGCUGGGCGGCAUUGCAAUAAGGUGGAUGUAUUGCGCGAUGAGCACUGCCGGUUUUCGCAGAAAAUUCGAAGAUAUAAGAAACGUGCUGGCCGUGCUCCGUAAGAUCAGUGACAGGCUUUAUCAUGGCACCUCCCACCGAGACAACGAUCCCCCGAGACAAGUGGUGGAAGUUGAAGUGGUUCUCCGACGAUGACAGUGCUGAAGACCGCAAGUUCGUCUCCAAAAUCGAUCUGCUGAUAGUUCCGUACUCGGUCCUGGCCUACUGGGUCAAGUACAUUGACCAGUCGAACCUGAACAAUGCCUACGUUGCCGGCAUGAAGGAGGAUCUAGGAUUUCGGGGCAACGAACUCGUACAGCUGCAGACGCUGUACACUCUCGGCUCGGUGCUGGGUCAAAUUCCCUUCCUCUUCAUCAUGACCUAUGUUCCGGUACAUUGGCUGAUCCCCGGCUGCGACAUCGCCUGGGGCAUCUUCACCCUCCUGCAAUACCGGGUCACUGGGUACGCGGAGCUGGCGGCGUAUCGCUUCAUGAUCGGUUUUCUCGAGGCCGCGUUCUUCCCGGCAAUGCACUACGUUUUUGGCUCCUGGUAUCGCGGUCAUGAGAUCGCUCGUCGAGGCGGCAUCUUCUAUACGGGACUCGGUCUUGGAACCUUGACUGCGGGUCUGAUCCAAGCUGGAGCGUCUCAGCGCCUUGAGGGCGUUCAUGGCCUCGAAGGAUGGCGUUGGAUGUACAUCAUCUGCGCCAUAAUCACCAUCCCCGUUGGUCUCCUUGGCUAUUUCGUCCUCCCCGGCACCAUCGAGCAGCCUAACCGCUGGUGCAUCAACGACCACGACAUUGCAGUUGGCAGAGCACGCCUCGAGAAGCACGGCCAUGUCACCAAAGGCAAGAUGAAGUUCGGCCACAUCAAGAAGACGCUCCUCGGCUUCCGUUUCUGGAUGGUUGUUGCCACAGAUGUCCUCUUCUGGAACGCCGGCAUCCACAAGAGCACCGCUACCUUUCUGCUCUGGAUCAAGAGCAUCGCGCCAGGCAGAUUCAGUGUCCCGAAGAUCAACGAGCUGGGGACAAUAGCGCCUGCGUUAGGUAUUGGGUACACCCUGUUUGCCUGCUUUGCAUCAGACAUGUAUCUCGGACCCGCCUGGGCCAUCACGAUGUGCUCUGUCUUCAACGCUGUCGGCUUGAUCAUCUUGACGAUUUGGACGGUCCCGGAAGGUGCGCUGUGGUUUGGGUUUGCCACGAUGUACUGGUCCAACGCACUGUCCAGCGUCUUCCACGGCUGGGUCAACAAUCUGCUGCGCGACAGUCCCGAGGAGCGGAGUUUCACACUCGUGCUCAUCAAUCUACUCUCACAGUCGUCAACUGCCUGGACACCGCUGCUGACUUUCCCUACUGUGGAGGCUCCCCGCUACCGCAAGGGCUUCUCCUUUUGUCUCGGCUGCGCGAUCGCGUUGAUCGCGUUUACGUGGGCCAUGCACUACUACCUGAAGCGCGACGCGAGACAAGAGAAGUUGCCGGUGGAUGUGGAAACAGAUAGUGUUCGUGCAGAGAGCACCGAGCAGGAUGUCAAGGUGCCGAAUGCUGGUGUGUCUGACGAAGGGGUUUUAUCAGCAACGGACAGGAAGGUCUAGAAAUCUUUUGGGGGUUUGGCUUACAAGGUGGAUCCAGCAGGCGAGAAUUGAGCGUAGACAACUCUGUUCCUCUUCUUCCUAAAGUUGUCGCAAAUGUUCCAAACAUUUCAUUCG